UCCUCCACACAUUGGGCAGCUCCUCACUCACCUCACACACACCAGCAGCUGACUGCAUCUCCAUCUCCAGCUCUCCACCAUCAAUCAGGUUUUUUUUUUGGGAUAGAACAAAGACCCCAGUCCUGCUGGACCAUGCCUUCAGCUUCAGCUGGAUCUGCUGCUGAGAGAUGAGCGCAGAGCGCGCCAGGUUUCUGGGCACCUUCGGUUCCUCCGGCUGAUAUGGAGGCGACUCUGGAGCCCCAGUGGUCCUCCACGGCCGCCCUGUACGACGAGGACGACGGCAACUACACGGACAGCAACCUGUUCGAGCAGCCGAACUGGCAGGUGGCUCUGUGGGCGGUCGCCUACAGUCUGAUCGUGCUGGUGUCGGUGGUGGGGAAUCUCACGGUCAUCUGGAUCAUCGUGGCGCACAAGCGCAUGCGGACCGUCACCAACUACUUCAUCGUGAACCUCGCCUUCUCCGACGCGUCCAUGGCCACCUUCAACACCGUCUUCAACUUCGUCUACGCGCUUCACAACGACUGGUACUUCGGUCUGGGAUAUUGCAAGUUCCAGAACUUCUUUCCUAUCACCGUUGUGUUCUCCAGCAUCUACUCCAUGGCUGCUAUCGCCGUGGACAGAUACAUGGCCAUUAUCCACCCUCUGAAGUCACGACUUUCCUCCACUACAACCAAAAUCGUGAUUGGUGUGAUCUGGGCUGUGGCUUUCUCCCUGGCCUUCCCUCAGUGUUUCUACUCCAGCACUAAAGUCUACUCCCACCGCACGGUCUGCAUGGUGGAAUGGCCUGACGACUACGGAGGGAAGCACCAUCUCUCGUAUCAGUUCGCUCUGAUUAUCCUGAUCUACUUGCUCCCCCUGCUGGUGAUGCUGGUGACCUACAGUCUGGUCGGUCAGCGUCUUUGGGGUAGUAAAAUCCCUGGUGAAGCUUCAGACCACUAUCAGAACCAGAUACAAGCAAAGCGCAAGGUGGUGAAGAUGAUGAUAGUUGUGGUGACGACGUUUGCCAUAUGCUGGCUGCCCUAUCACAUCUACUUCAUACUGGUCAGCUUCAAGAGGGACAUAUACAACCAGCAUUACAUCCAGCAGGUCUACCUGGCCAUCUUCUGGCUGGCUAUGAGUUCCACCAUGUAUAACCCCAUCAUAUACUGCUGUCUCAACCAAAGAUUCCGGUCGGGCUUCCGACAAGCGUUCCGCUGGUGUCCGUUCAUCAAAGUCACUGAGGGGGACAACAUGGAGCUGCAGCGCAUGAGAACCUUCAGGACCACCCGCAGCUAUCGCACUGAAAACUCCAGCAUGAUGUCCCGCAAUCAUGCAAACACGCCAGUGGAGACUGCGUCCAAACUAAUCAAAUUCUAGGACUGCUGAAGACUCAAAAGCUCAGAGAGAUAGACGAGCUUUCCUAAGCUCUCCUGAGGCCUGAAACCCCAUCCACCCCCCCACCAGAUACCUCACAGUGGAGUCUCACAUGCGAGACUCGAUAGUGACCAUGCUUGUGCUGAGCACGGAUGGAACGUGGCCUUCACCUUUAACCCAUCUGUGUGGUGAACACACACGUACACACCAGUGAACACACAUACACAGUGACAUACAGUGAUCAAACUUGUCCAGAGCGGUGGGCAGCUCUCACUGCAGCGCCUGAGUAUCAGUGAGGCUUGCAGGUACAAGGUUGUGGGUAUUGAACAUAUACCUUUGUUAUCGAUGGCCUGGUGCUCUAACCAGUGAGCCAACACUGCUCAUGUUGUUCUUCUCCUGUUCGGUUUACGAGGACUGUUCAUCAGACUGUUCAUCAGACUGUUCUCCGGAAUAGAAGCAUACCCCCAUGACAGAAGCACCACCAUCGCUGCCCUUGGAAUUGGUUGGAUACUCUACGUGUUCCCACAUGGUUUUAUUGAUCACUAUAAUCAUAAUGUGGAAUAUAUGGACAGCCUCCGCUGUAAAUACUGCCUGAAUGUUGUGUGGCAGCUUUCAUUAUCAAAGAAAAACAACUGCUGAUGAUUUAAGACUUGAGACAACAACAUAGGUCAAACACCUCUUCACAGUCUCUCUUUUUAUAGCAAGGCUUUCAAAUCUGUGCCCCUGCUAAAAUGAAAAGCA